AGGGGGCUGCGGGAGCCGCGGCAGAGACUGUGGGUGCCACGAGCGGACAGGCGGCCACAGCUGGGACAGCUGCGAGCGGAGCCGAGCAGUGGCUGUAGCGGCCACGACCGGGAACAGCCGCCGCCGCCUCCUCGGGAGUCGGAGCCGCCGCUUCUCCACUGGCAGGGGCCGCCUGAAGUGGGAGCAGCGCCUGGAGAAGGCGGGAGGAGCCCGGCCCGGGGGACGGGCGGCGGGAGAGCGGGACCCCGGCGGCGCGGUGCGCUUCAGGGCGCAGCGGCGGCCGCAGACCGAGCCCCGGGCGCGGCAAGAGGCGGCGGGAGUCGGUGGCGGCUCGGCAUCAUGCGUCGAGGGGGCCUGCUGGAGAUCGUCCUGGGAUUUACCGUGCUUUUAGCGUCCUACACGAGCCAUGGGGCGGACGCCAAUUUGGAGGCUGGGAACGUGAAGGAAACCAGAGCCAGUCGGGCCAAGAGAAGAGGCGGCGGAGGACACGACGCGCUUAAAGGACCCAAUGUCUGUGGAUCACGUUAUAAUGCUUACUGUUGCCCUGGAUGGAAAACCUUACCUGGCGGAAAUCAGUGUAUUGUCCCCAUUUGCCGGCAUUCCUGUGGGGAUGGAUUUUGUUCGAGGCCAAAUAUGUGCACUUGCCCAUCUGGUCAGAUAGCUCCUUCCUGUGGCUCCAGAUCCAUACAACACUGCAAUAUUCGCUGUAUGAAUGGAGGUAGCUGCAGUGACGAUCACUGUCUAUGCCAGAAAGGAUACAUAGGGACUCACUGUGGACAACCUGUUUGUGAAAGUGGCUGUCUCAAUGGAGGAAGAUGUGUGGCUCCAAAUCGAUGUGCAUGCACUUACGGAUUUACUGGACCCCAGUGUGAAAGAGAUUACAGGACAGGCCCAUGUUUUACUGUGAUCAGCAACCAGAUGUGCCAGGGACAACUCAGCGGGAUUGUCUGCACAAAAACGCUCUGCUGUGCCACAGUCGGCCGAGCCUGGGGCCACCCCUGUGAGAUGUGUCCUGCCCAGCCUCACCCCUGCCGCCGUGGCUUCAUUCCAAAUAUCCGCACGGGAGCUUGUCAAGAUGUGGAUGAAUGCCAGGCCAUCCCCGGGCUCUGUCAGGGAGGAAAUUGCAUUAAUACUGUUGGGUCUUUUGAGUGCAAAUGCCCUGCUGGACACAAAUUUAAUGAAGUGUCACAAAAAUGUGAAGAUAUUGAUGAAUGCAGCACCAUUCCUGGAAUCUGUGAUGGGGGCGAAUGUACAAACACAGUCAGCAGUUACUUUUGCAAAUGUCCCCCUGGUUUUUACACCUCUCCAGAUGGUACCAGAUGCAUAGAUGUUCGCCCAGGAUACUGUUACACAGCUCUGACAAACGGGCGCUGCUCUAACCAGCUGCCACAGUCCAUAACCAAAAUGCAGUGCUGCUGUGAUGCCGGCCGAUGCUGGUCUCCAGGGGUCACUGUCGCCCCUGAGAUGUGUCCCAUCAGAGCAACCGAGGAUUUCAACAAGCUGUGCUCUGUUCCUAUGGUAAUUCCUGGGAGACCAGAAUAUCCUCCCCCACCCCUUGGCCCCAUUCCUCCAGUUCUCCCUGUUCCUCCUGGCUUUCCUCCUGGACCUCAAAUUCCGGUCCCUCGACCACCAGUGGAAUAUCCGUAUCCAUCUCGGGAACCACCAAGGGUGCUGCCAGUAAACGUUACUGAUUACUGCCAGUUGGUCCGCUAUCUCUGUCAAAAUGGACGCUGCAUUCCAACUCCUGGGAGUUACCGGUGUGAGUGCAACAAAGGGUUCCAGCUGGACCUCCGUGGGGAGUGUAUUGAUGUUGAUGAAUGUGAGAAAAACCCCUGUGCUGGUGGUGAGUGUAUUAACAACCAGGGUUCGUACACCUGUCAGUGCCGAGCUGGAUAUCAGAGCACACUCACGCGGACAGAAUGCCGAGACAUUGAUGAGUGUUUACAGAAUGGCCGGAUCUGCAAUAAUGGACGCUGCAUCAACACAGAUGGCAGUUUUCAUUGCGUGUGUAAUGCGGGCUUUCACGUUACACGAGAUGGGAAGAACUGUGAAGAUAUGGAUGAAUGCAGCAUAAGGAACAUGUGCCUUAAUGGAAUGUGUAUCAAUGAAGAUGGCAGUUUUAAAUGUAUUUGCAAACCUGGAUUCCAGCUGGCAUCAGAUGGACGUUAUUGCAAAGACAUUAACGAGUGUGAAACCCCUGGGAUCUGCAUGAAUGGGCGUUGCGUCAACACUGAUGGCUCCUACAGAUGUGAAUGCUUCCCUGGACUGGCUGUGGGUCUGGAUGGACGUGUGUGUGUUGACACACACAUGCGGAGCACAUGCUAUGGUGGAUACAAGAGAGGCCAGUGUAUCAAACCUUUGUUUGGUGCUGUCACUAAAUCUGAAUGCUGUUGUGCCAGCACUGAGUAUGCAUUUGGGGAACCUUGCCAGCCGUGUCCUGCACAGAAUUCAGCGGAAUAUCAGGCACUCUGCAGCAGUGGGCCAGGGAUGACGUCAGCAGGCAGUGAUAUAAAUGAAUGUGCACUAGAUCCUGAUAUUUGCCCAAACGGAAUCUGUGAAAACCUUCGUGGGACCUAUAAAUGUAUAUGCAAUUCAGGAUAUGAAGUGGAUUCAACUGGGAAAAACUGCGUUGAUAUUAAUGAAUGUGUACUGAACAGUCUCCUUUGUGACAAUGGACAAUGUAGAAAUACUCCUGGAAGUUUUGUCUGUACCUGCCCCAAGGGAUUUAUCUACAAACCUGAUCUAAAAACAUGUGAAGACAUUGAUGAAUGCGAAUCAAGUCCUUGCAUUAAUGGAGUCUGCAAGAACAGCCCAGGCUCUUUUAUUUGUGAAUGUUCUUCUGAAAGUACUUUGGAUGCAACAAAAACCAUCUGCAUAGAAACCAUCAAGGGCACUUGCUGGCAGACUGUCAUUGAUGGGCGGUGUGAGAUCAACAUCAAUGGAGCCACCUUGAAGUCCCAGUGCUGCUCCUCCCUCGGUGCUGCGUGGGGAAGCCCGUGUACCCUAUGCCAAGUUGAUCCCAUAUGUGGUAAAGGGUACUCAAGAAUUAAAGGAACCCAAUGUGAAGAUAUAGAUGAAUGUGAAGUGUUCCCAGGAGUGUGCAAAAAUGGCCUGUGUGUUAACACUAGGGGGUCAUUCAAGUGUCAGUGUCCCAGUGGAAUGACUUUGGAUGCCACAGGAAGGAUCUGUCUUGAUAUCCGCCUGGAAACCUGCUUCCUGAGGUACGAGGACGAGGAGUGCACCCUGCCUAUUGCUGGCCGCCACCGCAUGGACGCCUGCUGCUGCUCCGUUGGGGCAGCCUGGGGUACUGAGGAAUGCGAGGAGUGUCCCAUGAGAAAUACUCCUGAGUACGAGGAGCUGUGUCCCAGAGGACCCGGAUUUGCCACAAAAGAAAUUACAAAUGGAAAGCCUUUCUUCAAAGAUAUCAAUGAGUGCAAGAUGAUACCCAGCCUCUGCACCCACGGCAAGUGCAGAAACACCAUCGGCAGCUUUAAGUGCAGGUGUGACAGCGGCUUUGCUCUUGAUUCCGAAGAAAGGAACUGCACAGACAUUGACGAAUGCCGCAUAUCUCCUGACCUCUGUGGCAGAGGCCAGUGUGUGAACACCCCUGGGGACUUUGAAUGCAAGUGCGAUGAAGGCUAUGAAAGUGGAUUCAUGAUGAUGAAGAACUGCAUGGAUAUUGAUGAGUGUCAGAGAGAUCCUCUCCUAUGCCGAGGUGGUGUUUGCCAUAACACAGAGGGAAGUUACCGCUGUGAAUGCCCACCUGGCCAUCAGCUGUCCCCCAACAUCUCUGCGUGUAUCGACAUCAAUGAGUGUGAGCUGAGUGCACACCUGUGCCCCAAUGGCCGCUGCGUGAACCUCAUAGGGAAGUAUCAGUGUGCCUGCAACCCUGGCUACCAUUCAACUCCCGAUAGGCUAUUUUGUGUUGACAUUGAUGAAUGCAGCAUAAUGAAUGGUGGUUGUGAAACCUUCUGCACAAACUCUGAAGGCAGCUAUGAAUGUAGCUGUCAGCCGGGAUUUGCACUAAUGCCUGACCAGAGAUCAUGCACCGACAUCGAUGAGUGUGAAGAUAAUCCCAAUAUCUGUGAUGGUGGUCAGUGCACAAAUAUCCCUGGAGAGUACAGGUGCUUGUGUUAUGAUGGAUUCAUGGCAUCUGAAGACAUGAAGACUUGUGUAGAUGUCAAUGAGUGUGACCUGAAUCCAAAUAUCUGCCUAAGUGGGACCUGUGAAAACACGAAAGGCUCAUUUAUCUGCCACUGUGAUAUGGGCUACUCUGGCAAAAAAGGAAAAACUGGCUGUACAGACAUCAAUGAAUGUGAAAUUGGAGCACACAACUGUGGCAAACAUGCUGUAUGUACCAACACAGCAGGAAGCUUCAAAUGUAGCUGCAGUCCCGGGUGGAUUGGAGAUGGCAUUAAGUGCACUGAUUUGGACGAAUGUUCCAAUGGAACCCAUAUGUGCAGCCAGCAUGCAGACUGCAAGAAUACCAUGGGAUCUUACCGCUGUCUGUGCAAGGAAGGAUACACAGGCGAUGGCUUCACUUGUACGGACCUAGAUGAGUGCUCUGAGAACCUGAAUCUCUGUGGCAAUGGCCAGUGCCUCAAUGCCCCAGGAGGAUACCGCUGUGAAUGCGACAUGGGCUUCGUGCCCAGUGCUGACGGGAAAGCCUGUGAAGAUAUUGAUGAGUGCUCCCUUCCGAACAUCUGUGUCUUUGGAACUUGCCACAACCUCCCUGGCCUGUUCCGCUGUGAGUGUGAGAUAGGCUAUGAACUGGACAGAAGCGGCGGGAACUGCACAGAUGUGAAUGAAUGCCUGGAUCCAACCACGUGCAUCAGUGGGAACUGUGUCAACACUCCAGGCAGCUAUACCUGUGACUGCCCACCUGAUUUUGAACUGAACCCAACUCGAGUUGGCUGUGUUGAUACCCGCUCUGGAAAUUGCUAUUUGGAUAUUCGACCUCGAGGAGACAAUGGAGAUACAGCCUGCAGCAAUGAAAUUGGAGUUGGUGUUUCCAAAGCUUCCUGCUGCUGUUCUCUGGGUAAAGCCUGGGGUACUCCUUGUGAGAUGUGCCCUGCUGUGAACACAUCCGAGUACAAAAUUCUUUGUCCUGGAGGGGAAGGUUUCCGACCAAAUCCUAUCACCGUUAUAUUGGAAGAUAUUGAUGAGUGCCAGGAGCUACCAGGGCUGUGCCAAGGAGGAAAAUGUAUCAACACCUUUGGGAGUUUCCAGUGCCGCUGUCCAACUGGCUACUACCUGAAUGAAGAUACACGAGUGUGUGAUGAUGUGAAUGAGUGUGAGACUCCUGGAAUCUGUGGUCCAGGGACAUGUUACAACACCGUUGGCAACUACACCUGUAUCUGUCCUCCAGACUACAUGCAAGUGAACGGGGGAAAUAAUUGCAUGGAUAUGAGAAGAAGUUUGUGCUACAGAAACUACUAUGCUGACAACCAGACCUGUGAUGGAGAACUGUUAUUCAACAUGACCAAGAAGAUGUGCUGCUGUUCCUACAACAUUGGCCGGGCCUGGAACAAGCCCUGUGAACAGUGUCCCAUCCCAAGUACAGAUGAGUUUGCUACACUCUGUGGAAGUCAAAGGCCAGGCUUUGUCAUCGACAUUUAUACCGGUUUACCCGUUGAUAUUGAUGAGUGCCGGGAGAUCCCAGGGGUCUGUGAAAAUGGAGUGUGUAUCAACAUGGUUGGCAGCUUCCGAUGUGAAUGUCCAGUGGGAUUCUUCUAUAAUGACAAGUUGUUGGUUUGUGAAGAUAUUGACGAGUGUCAGAAUGGCCCAGUGUGCCAGCGCAACGCCGAAUGCAUCAAUACUGCAGGCAGCUACCGCUGUGACUGUAAGCCCGGCUACCGCUUCACCUCCACAGGACAGUGCAAUGAUCGUAAUGAAUGUCAAGAAAUCCCCAAUAUAUGCAGUCAUGGGCAGUGCAUUGACACAGUUGGAAGCUUUUAUUGCCUUUGCCACACUGGCUUUAAAACAAAUGAUGACCAAACCAUGUGCUUGGACAUAAAUGAAUGUGAAAGAGAUGCCUGUGGGAAUGGAACUUGCCGGAACACAAUUGGUUCCUUCAACUGCCGCUGCAAUCAUGGUUUCAUCCUUUCUCACAACAAUGACUGUAUAGAUGUUGAUGAAUGUGCAAGUGGAAAUGGGAAUCUUUGCAGAAAUGGCCAAUGCAUUAAUACAGUGGGGUCUUUCCAGUGCCAGUGCAAUGAAGGCUAUGAGGUGGCUCCAGAUGGGAGGACCUGUGUGGAUAUCAAUGAAUGUCUUCUAGAACCCAGAAAAUGUGCACCAGGUACCUGUCAAAACUUGGAUGGGUCCUACAGAUGCAUUUGCCCACCUGGAUACAGUCUUCAAAAUGACAAGUGUGAAGAUAUUGAUGAGUGUGUCGAAGAGCCAGAAAUUUGUGCCCUGGGCACAUGCAGUAACACUGAAGGCAGCUUCAAAUGUCUGUGUCCAGAAGGGUUUUCCUUGUCCUCCAGUGGAAGGAGGUGCCAAGAUUUGCGAAUGAGCUACUGUUAUGCGAAGUUUGAAGGAGGAAAGUGUUCAUCACCCAAAUCCAGAAAUCACUCCAAGCAGGAAUGCUGCUGUGCCUUGAAGGGAGAAGGCUGGGGAGACCCCUGCGAGCUCUGCCCCACGGAACCUGAUGAGGCCUUCCGCCAGAUCUGUCCUUAUGGAAGUGGGAUCAUCGUGGGACCUGAUGAUUCAGCAGUUGAUAUGGACGAAUGCAAAGAACCCGAUGUCUGUAAACAUGGACAGUGCAUCAAUACAGAUGGUUCCUAUCGCUGCGAGUGUCCUUUUGGCUAUAUUCUAGCAGGGAAUGAAUGUGUAGAUACUGAUGAAUGUUCUGUUGGCAAUCCUUGUGGAAAUGGAACCUGCAAGAAUGUGAUUGGAGGUUUUGAAUGCACCUGUGAGGAGGGAUUUGAGCCCGGUCCAAUGAUGACAUGUGAAGAUAUAAAUGAAUGUGCCCAGAAUCCUCUGCUCUGUGCCUUCCGAUGUGUGAACACUUAUGGGUCAUAUGAAUGCAAAUGUCCUGUGGGAUAUGUGCUCAGAGAAGACCGUAGGAUGUGCAAAGAUGAGGAUGAGUGUGAAGAGGGAAAACAUGACUGUACUGAAAAACAAAUGGAAUGCAAGAACCUCAUUGGCACAUACAUGUGCAUCUGUGGACCUGGGUAUCAGCGGAGACCUGACGGAGAAGGCUGUGUAGAUGAGAAUGAAUGUCAGACGAAGCCAGGGAUCUGUGAGAAUGGGCGCUGCCUCAACACCCGUGGGAGCUACACCUGUGAGUGUAAUGAUGGGUUCACCGCCAGCCCCAACCAGGAUGAGUGCCUCGACAAUCGGGAAGGGUACUGCUUCACAGAGGUGCUACAAAACAUGUGUCAGAUCGGCUCCAGCAACAGGAACCCUGUCACCAAAUCUGAAUGCUGCUGUGAUGGAGGGAGAGGCUGGGGUCCCCACUGUGAGAUCUGCCCUUUCCAGGGGACUGUGGCUUUCAAGAAACUCUGUCCCCAUGGCCGAGGAUUCAUGACCAAUGGAGCAGAUAUCGAUGAAUGCAAGGUUAUUCAUGAUGUUUGCCGAAAUGGGGAAUGUGUCAAUGACAGAGGAUCAUAUCAUUGCAUUUGUAAAACUGGGUACACUCCAGAUAUAACUGGGACUUCCUGUGUAGAUCUGAACGAGUGCAACCAGGCUCCCAAACCCUGCAAUUUUAUCUGCAAAAACACAGAAGGGAGUUACCAGUGUUCAUGCCCGAAAGGCUACAUUCUGCAAGAGGAUGGAAGGAGCUGCAAAGAUCUUGAUGAGUGUGCAACCAAGCAACACAACUGCCAGUUCCUUUGUGUUAACACCAUUGGCGGCUUCACAUGCAAAUGUCCUCCCGGAUUUACCCAACACCAUACGGCCUGCAUUGAUAACAAUGAAUGCACCACUGACAUCAAUCUGUGCGGGUCUAAAGGCAUUUGCCAGAACACUCCCGGAAGCUUCACCUGUGAAUGCCAGCGGGGAUUCUCACUUGAUCAGACUGGCUCCAGCUGUGAAGACGUGGACGAGUGUGAGGGUAACCACCGCUGCCAGCACGGCUGCCAGAACAUCAUUGGGGGCUACAGGUGCAGCUGCCCCCAGGGAUACCUCCAGCACUACCAGUGGAACCAGUGUGUUGAUGAAAACGAAUGCCUCAGCGCUCACAUCUGCGGAGGAGCCUCCUGUCACAACACCCUGGGGAGCUACAAGUGCAUGUGUCCCGCCGGCUUCCAGUAUGAACAGUUCAGUGGAGGAUGCCAAGACAUCAAUGAAUGUGGCUCUGCGCAGGCCCCCUGCAGCUAUGGCUGUUCCAAUACCGAGGGCGGUUACCUGUGUGGCUGUCCACCUGGUUACUUCCGCAUAGGCCAAGGGCACUGUGUUUCUGGAAUGGGCAUGGGCCGAGGAAACCCAGAGCCACCUGUCAGUGGUGAAAUGGAUGACAAUUCACUCUCCCCAGAGGCUUGUUACGAGUGUAAGAUCAAUGGCUACCCCAAACGGGGCAGGAAACGGAGAAGCACAAACGAAACUGAUGCCUCCAAUAUCGAGGAUCAGUCUGAGACAGAAGCCAAUGUGAGUCUUGCAAGUUGGGAUGUUGAGAAGACAGCCAUCUUUGCUUUCAAUAUUUCCCACGUCAGUAACAAGGUUCGAAUCCUAGAACUCCUUCCAGCUCUUACAACUCUGACGAAUCACAACAGAUACUUGAUCGAAUCUGGAAAUGAAGAUGGCUUCUUUAAAAUCAACCAAAAGGAAGGGAUCAGCUACCUCCACUUCACAAAGAAGAAGCCAGUGGCUGGAACCUAUUCAUUACAAAUCAGUAGUACUCCACUUUAUAAAAAGAAAGAACUUAACCAACUAGAAGACAAAUAUGACAAAGACUACCUCAGUGGUGAACUGGGUGAUAAUCUGAAGAUGAAAAUCCAGGUUUUGCUUCAUUAAUUCACCAUCCAGAGACCAAAUAAUUAAAAGAAAAACAAAUAUAGAUAGGUAGAACUAUAUUUUCCCCCAAUCAGAAUCAUCAUAUCAUAGGUACAAUCUUUCACCAAGUAAAUUUGUAUAAAUAAGCACUAUUCUUUGUAUUACCAAAGCAAGGUACAGGUGACUACCCUAGUUCAAAACAACCACUUUCUCAGGCUUCUCAUGUGUGUAGCUAAGCUACCUUGUCAUAUGUGUUGAUUCUUGAAAACUGGGACGUGUAUUUCCAUUGGGGGUUGGCCAUUUAUGCUGACAUGCCAUCCUUCCAGCAAACGUACAGGAAUGUGCUUUCAAUUGAUGGACUACUCUGUUUUUUGCAAAUUUGUAAACUUUGCUUCUCCAAAUACAAGUACUAGGUUGGCCAUUUAUGGUACCUAUUUGGUGCUAGUAAAUUUUCAAACUAGAUUUAUAAAUGCACUGUAAUAUUUACACAACUUAGAAACCAAAUUACAAGUAUUCAGUUCCAAUACUUCAUUAAUUUCAAUCAACCAAAGUUAGUUCAGUAGCUUAUCUCAGUUAUGAGUAUAAUACAUUACAUGUAAAUUAAGUGUGUGUAUACUGUAAUCGUGCUAUUUUUUAUCAUUGAAACAUUUAUAAACUAGAAUAAUAAUGCCCUUAAUGUGAGGGUUUGUAAUGGUGCUUAUUAAGACCAAAGACUUGUUAAAUGUAUACACCAAGUGGUAAUGAAAUUUCUGUGACUGGCCCACAUGUGCAUAGAGGUCUGGGAGGACCAGGAAACAGCCUCAGUGGCCAGAGGAUCACCAGUGCAUCCUUCAUCACAGCAUGUGCAAUAUGCCAAGAUUACCCUCGGUCAUUCCUGUCAACAAGGGGUCAAUGUCAUCAAUGUCACAAUAAAACAAUCUCUUCUUUUUUUUAGUUUA